GCAAAGUGCUGGCAAAUGUUGCACAAGUAUCAUAUUUGUGGGUUGUGUGUUAGUCAGCAGCAGAUGCUGGAGCAAGGUGCGAGAUACUUGUGGAUGUCAGUCAGUCAUGUAAGUGAAGUGUUUGAUGAGUUGUGUGUCAGGCAGCAGCAGAUGCUGGAGCAAGGUGCGAGAUACUUGUGGAUGUCAGUCAGUCAUGUAUGCACGAUGACAGACAGCCUAGGCAGCAAGAGUGACCACUCAGGGCAGUCGGUCCUACUGGCAGGCAUUCGGGCACGCAUGGAUGUGGUUUGCGUGCUGGAUCUGAGCCACACUGAGCGCCAGCAUCAUCGCAGAAAAGCGUGGGAUGAGGUGAAGGCCAGCUGCCUUUCUGUUAAUGCCAACUGUUACCACAUUCAGUUUGAAAAGCUAGACUUUGGAGAAACAAAUGUUUUGGACCAAUUCUACAAUGCUGAUGUUGCCAUUGUGGAUCUCUCGAUUGUUUUACAGCAACAUUCUCUCUUCUAUCAUCUUGGUGUACGUGAAAGCUUCGAUAUGAAAGAAAACAUUCUACUAUACAACGAUAAUGACUCUGAGGUCACCAUGCCUCUCAAGUUUUCCUGCAGCAACUAUAUUUUCAUUUCCUACCGCCUAUUGGACGCAGGACAGUGUGUCUUAACGGAUCCCAGUAUGAGAAUUGGAUCCGAUGACAAUAUUCCUCCUGAAUCUAGAAUACUUCUUUCAACAAAACUUCGUAGACAGUUACAAGAUGUUGAAAUUCAGUCAAAAGCUCACAUGAAGGAGAAGUUCCUUGCUGAUCUUCGUAAAGCUCGGGAUGUGUUGUCCGGUGAUGAGCUCAGAAAGCAGCUGCACAAUCUCCGAAGACGACUCGAUGACCCAAAUAUUUUGUCUAUUGACGUUGUUCUCAAUAUGUUAAUAUCAUUGAGAGAGAUCCAGGAUUAUGACGCGAUGGUUCAGCUGGUCGAUGAUCUCAAGACUAUACCAAACCGCAAACUCUAUACUAGCACUCCUGCCAUUAGGUUCUUGUAUGGGUUUGCACUAAAUAGACGGAAUAUGGAAGGGGACCGAGAGAAGGCUCUUGCUGUGAUCACAAAAGCUUUAGAAAAGAAAGAAAAUGAAGUUCCUGACAUGGUGUGUCUCUGUGGUAGAAUAUAUAAGGAUAAAUUUGUUGAAUCUCAGCACAUAGACAUGGAGAGUCUGCAUAAUGCAAUUUACUGGUACAGAAAAGGAUUUGAAGUACAACCAAAUGAAUAUGCUGGGAUCAACUUGGCUACUCUUCUUGUUAUAGCUGGCAAUGAUUUCUCAAAAUCAGCAGAGUUGCAGCAUAUAGGUAUGGUUCUUAACAACCUGAUUGGAAAAAAAGGUUCCCUAUCAUCACUACAAGAUUACUGGGAUGUGGCAACCUUUUUUGAAAUUAGUGUUUUGGCAGAGGAUUAUGGGAAAGCUGUUCAAGCUGCUGAAUGCAUGUUCAAGCUGAAGCCUCCUAAUUGGUACCUGAAAUCUACAAUUGGCAACAUCAUGCUCAUCAACCGAUUCCGGAAGCGUCCUGAAGAUAGUGAACCGGGACCUGAGGAGACAAUUUUCAACUUUUGGAUUGAUUAUUUUGUAGAAGCUACUAAAACUGAACUUGGGGAUGUCAUCAGAUUUCCAAUUCUGAUAUUAGAACCAACAAGAAUGUACCAGCCAAGUUAUUACUUGCCGAGCUAUGUAACUGUUAACCUUGGAGCAGAGGAGAAGAGCAUUCAAGUUGGGAACUUGUGCAUUGACCAAAUGAAAGGAAACUGCCGACAGGUCCAUGACUGGCUUUUCAAUGCCUCCAGCAUUAAAACUAUUACACUCUAUAAACGAGAUGAGCGUGCAGUUUUCCUCUACGUUCAAGAGAACUCUGAUGACUUUCAAAUGUUUUUUCCCUCUGAACAAUGCCGCCUGAUAUUUUUUCGAUUGGUUCAGGAGCUCACUGUGAACCAAAAAGGCACAGUUAUGGACCUGGAGGCUGAAAUAUCUUCAGGACCUAUUCAGAUGGCAGCGCCGGAAACAAGGAGUCUCAGCCGGCUGCCCCAGCCAGUCGUGUACCUGGUGACACCUACACCAGGUGUCCCUCUGCUCCUUUUCCAACUUUACUACGAGUAUGAAUUGGACGACAGUGGAAAGCGUAUGGUUCUGGGCAAGGGUACAUAUGGUAUUGUUUAUGCUGCCAGAGACCUCAACACUCAAGUGAGAAUUGCUGUUAAAGAAGUCCCAGAAAAAAAUAUUGGAGAAGUUCAACCCCUGCAUGAAGAGAUAAAGCUUCACUCAGAGCUGCGUCAUCGUAACAUUGUGCAGUACUUGGGAACGGCUUCAGAAGAUGGUUUCUUCAAGAUCUUCAUGGAGCAGGUGCCAGGGGGAUCCUUAUCUGCCCUCCUCAGAUCAAAGUGGGGCCCUCUGAAGGAAAAUGAAGCAACCAUUGCGUAUUAUACCAAGCAGAUUCUUGAGGGGUUAAAGUAUCUACAUGAUCAGAAGAUUGUGCAUAGAGAUAUUAAAGGUGAUAAUGUUCUAGUCAAUACGUAUACAGGAGUGGUGAAGAUCUCAGAUUUUGGUACAUCCAAGCGACUAGCUGGAGUCUGCUUGAGCACCGAGACCUUUACUGGAACGCUACAGUACAUGGCACCUGAAGUCAUUGAUAAAGGAGCCAGAGGAUAUGGAGCUCCGGCUGAUAUAUGGUCCUUGGGAUGUACGAUAGUGGAAAUGGCGACAGGCAACCCACCAUUCAUUGAGCUGGGCUCUCCUGAGGCUGCUAUGUUUAAGGUUGGUCUUUAUAAGAUGCAUCCAGAUAUCCCCGAAGAGCUAAGUGAAAAGGCAAGAAGUUUCAUCCUCAGGUGUUUUGAGCCAGAUCCAACCAGGAGAGCCACAUCAUCUCAACUUUUGGAGGAUCCCUUUUUGACAGAGUUAGGCAGAAAGAAAAAGGGGGUGAGGCUAACUAACCAACAGGAAUUCUCCAGGAGUAUAUCUGUUCCUGCCGACCGCAAUAUAAGACAGCAUGGAGAAAAGUGUCGACUUGCAAGCUCUCCAGAUGAUGGCCUAGAGCUGGGCUAUGGUUAUGGGUCGCGCUGCAACACAGCUGGGAGCCCCUCCGUGUCCCCAGCUUCCCCCUCCUCAUACCUCUCAUCUCUCUCAUAUUCCAGCUCUGUCAUGACUGGUUCAGACCUCGAUGAUGCCCUCAUGACAAGAAGGUCGUCAAGUGGUGGUCUGCUGUCUCCGGAGGUGGAGUCUCCUCGCACAGACGGGGAACAAGAUGGCUUCUACCUUCUGAAAAAGGACUCUCAGCGUCGAAUGACUCUGACUAGAGUGCUUGUAAAUGACCAGAACAAGAUUACACAGAUCUGGUACCACAGGCUUCAGCAUGAGUUGGGCACUGAUAAGCUCCUACUUACUCAGGAUCACCUUCUUCACAUCAUGGUUGGUCUUCGUGAUUUUAUUCCAGAACACAAGAAACUACCAAUUGAGCAAGCCUUUGCAGUGCUCAGAGAAGAAAGUAAUUUUGAAGAAGCACUCAACCAAAUUAAUCUUGCUCUCUACAUCUUUCAAGAUGCUGUAAAUGAGGUGUUGAAGAGUCACAGCAUCAAGCCACAUUGGAUGUUUGCCCUGGAUGAUCUGAUACGCAGUGCUGUCCACUGUGCCAUAACAGUCUUGUCCCCAGAACAAGACAUAUUGGUUGGACCUGGUGAGGGAGCUGCAGGCGUACUUGUUGGGGGCCCUGACCGACCAAGAGAUCUGGCCGAGGAAGGCAGCACUUCAGGAGUUUCCACCAUAAAUUCUACAAAGUCUGCAAAGUUACUUCAUGACUUUCAUCACUCUAAACACUGUCACCACCUUCAAGAAAGCUUGCAGGUCACAAGAACUGAGAAUCUUCGGUUAUUGGAGGAACUGUACCUUUCCGAGAAAAGAUACGGAGACCUGCUGAAAAUGUACAUCUUGGAGCGUCAUGAUCAAAGUCAAUUUCUAGCAGACCAGCUGGGAGUUCUUUUGCCACCACUGCUUCCAGUUAGUAAUAGCAAGAAUAUGAUGGUAAAGAACACUAGUAGUUCAGGCAACAAGAGUUCCAGUGCAGGAUCAUCAGAAGAGACAGCAACAGAUAAGCUGGACUCGCCCCUUGGUACCAUGGAGUCUGUGUCUAGUGCUGACACGCUAACAGCAGAUAGUAAUGUUUCUGGUGCUGCAUCCUCAUCACCUUCUCUGCCACAAGAACUCCCGAUGAUUCAUGUGUCGUCACGCAACAUAGACAUGGAGUUAGUUAGGUGGCUCCAGUCUCUGUCAAUUGAUCGUGAUGUUAUUGACAAGUUCCUUGCUGAAGACUACACCAAAGAUGAUGUCCUGACUUGGAUGACACGUGAUGACCUCAGACGGAUGAGAAUGAGAGGAGGAGUCGAACUUCGUAUUUGGCGUAGCGUGGUACAGCAUCGCCAGGCCCUGGGUCUACCCACUCACCAUGAGGAUCCUAAUGCUACAGCAUCCACAUCAAGAAGUGCUUCCCAAGAUCCACAAUCACGUUCUACUAAAUUAUAGAAUAUGCUCAGUACAGUAUCUGUAUUUUACCCAAAUUUUCUGUAUAAUUUGUAAAAAAAAGUUUUCCCCAUGUGAUCAUCCUUGUGAUGCCUUAAGACAUACGAGUCUUCAAUAUUUAUGUCUUGGACAUAUUGUCAUAGUAUUAAUGUUACUCAAUCAAAAUUGAGUGUGAGCUAAUGACAAAUGUACUCAGUUUCUCAGAGUAAAUGCCCGAGUCCUAAGGCCAUUUCUUCACUCGCAUUGAUUUGGACUCGGUGUAACAUAAAGAAAAUUUCAUCUCGAGCUGCUUCCUUUGGUGCUAGACAUACUAAUCGUUGUUAAACAAGUUUUUAGACACUCUUUAAUGCUUCCCGAGAUUGGAAAUGCAGUUUCCCAAUAUGGAUAGUUUUUUAAUCUAUGUUAAGGAAAUAAUGCUUGUAAUCUGUGGUGCUGUAGUUGCCUUGUCAACUUUAUUCUGAAAAAUAGAUAUGUAUAUAUAUAUGUGUGUAUGUUUGUAUAUACUGUAAUUGUUUUUGUGAACUACUUGACAUAAAACACUAUAAUUAUCUUUAUAGGUUGUGAAUGCGCAAUAUUUUAGCUUUAUAAAGAUGAUGUUGCUGUUUAUUUUUGGCAUGCAAAACUUAAGCUAUUUUGGUUUUAUAAUGAUUUUUGUACAAACCUUAGUGUGUUAAGGAGAUGACUCGGAUUUACAGUAAUGAACAUUUUUCAAUGACGUAGCAGUGCUUUGUUCCUCCUGUGUGAAUUUACUCCACAAAUCUCAACUACCCCCAAACUCAUUUAGGAGCUAUACUUUUAAUAAUGUGUUAAAAUUAAAUAAUGGAUUUAAUUUACUAAGAAUAAGUUAAAAAGAUUCAAAUAAUGGAAAGCAUUGAUUCCUUCAUAUUAUAACUGAGGGGUCAUUGGCUUGUCUUUACCUCCAUCUUGCCCCAUCAUUCUCAUCAGCUUUAUAAGAGUGAGCUCAGUUAGGUUAUAAUCUCUUAAUGUACAUUAAAUCAUCAUGUAAGUAAAUUUCAUAAUUUUUAAGAACACACCAAUUUUAUAUAACUUUCUUGCUGUCAUUUUGAAUCGAUUCAUAAUGUUCAACUAAUAUAAAUUUGUCCAUUUAUCAGUAUUUUUAAGAUACUCGGUACAAAAGUUGAUGCUUCUCGCAUGAAUUAAUUUUCACUUCCUUAGAACAUUGCAAUUUAUUAAAAUUAAAUAUUUUAAUUGUGUAGUGAAAUGUUAGAUAUUACUGCAACCAAAAAUAGGAAUGAUAAAUGGUUACACAUGAUAUACAUUAGACAAGUGUGAAAAUAACCCAGUGUGAAGCUGAAGAGAGGUGCUAGUAUUACCUGCGAUACACGAGUAUGGUGAUAGACAUAGUUUUAGUGUAUGGAGAAAUUUUAAAGUUGUAAAUGCAUACAUUAUUGGGGCAGUUGAUUGGACUUUGUAAAGAGAGAUUCAAAUUGAUAUAGGUAGGUUUAGCAAUACAGUAUUAAGUUUAAAGUCAAUAUGUGGUUGACGCGAGGUUUUGCGGGCUUUAUUUAUAAGCUGGAAAAUGGCGAACAGUUCUUAUAAAAAUUAUCUUUCUAUACUGUGAAGGUAGACAAUCAUAUUAUUGCAUCAGAAAUCUGAAAUAAAUGUCGUGAUAUAGGUGAGCAUCUGGUGUCAACAACCCAUAACACUGGUUCUCUUAUCACUACUCAUAUCUUAUUAGCAAUUUCAGUACAAUUUAUCCAUUUAUUCAAUUUUCUGUAUGCUGUAUAUUCCUAACUUUCAUAAGUCAUGGUAUCUCAAGUAUCAUAACAUUAUGCAGAUGAUCCAAAAUUUGUGCAAAGGAAUAUGUUUGCAAAUCAGACAUAAAUGUUUAUGGGAAAAAUAAGGAUAUUUUCAAGAGAACUUUAACUCGUUAGCUUCGUGGUGCUUACAUGCCAGUACCACUUGAGCCUAAGGAUUGUGCCAUGCCCUCAAGACUCGCUAAUGUACUAGGAGCCAAGACCAGAAUCUGUUUGUAUGGGGUGAUGGGAAACUUGGGGAUCAGAUUUAACUAAACUGAGGAAAACUGACCAAGUCAGAUUAAACAAAAACUACCGUUUGUAAAAAAAUAAAAAUAAAAAAAUAUGAAAGCAAGGGAAGUGAUAGCCUGUUGCAAGUAGUUAGCCCUGGUCCCAACUUGCUUGGCCCAGGAUCUUGGCUUGCCACCUACCUCAGAGGCAUGGUUCUGUAUGGAUUGGUUGGCUUCUUCUGGGACCCAGAUUCUGUUCUCUGGGAAGGCUUCCCGAGAUACCUGCUUGGUUAACUCCAAACCUAAAGCACCCAGCUUGGCCCUUGAGUCAUGAAUGCCUAAUGGGGCCAGAAUCUGGUCCCCUCAAUAGAGGGAAGGGGAGUUUGAGAAUACUAGAUUAACCCAGGUAAAGAGGCAAAAAAAUACUAGAAAGGUAAAAUGCCCCAAAUAAAGCAAAUGCAUGGAAAAUAUUGGUAGCCCUCACACACGCUAUGCGUGUUAGUGGCUUUGCAGAAUUGUACCGCUCAAUCACCAAUGCAAGUACUUUCACAACCAAUUGUAACUUGUAUAAAGAAGUAAAUGUACACUCAUGUCCAGUCCAAACUGCUAGUUAAAUGUUGACUACCAGAUGACAGCUGCUUCUUGAUGCUUUCCUAGUGAAAUGGUAGAAUGUCAUUUGCUGUCUGUACCUCUUAUCAGAGUGGCCAGGUUCUGGCUCUGGUCGACAGAAGGCCAAACAAAACACUUGCAACCGAUAUGACUUAUAGUACAGAGCACUCUUGGCAAGAUAGCUUCAGGGAACCACUGGGGCUCUACCAGAAAGAUAUUUUAUUAUAUUCAAUGAUGGGUUUUGAAUUGCUAGCUAUCUGAUAAUGUGUAAUAGUGACUUACUUUUUUUAAAAUCACAAUUUAGCAUUCCCUGCUGAUAUUCAAAUUUAUUUCCGGAUGAUAGUACCAGACGGAAUGGCACCAGAGGAGUGGGUUGCAAGGCACUUCCUUUGAACUGUGCCAAGAAUAGAUUCAUGUGCAAUAUUCUGGUGUACAUAUUACAUUGAAGAUUUAUACAGCACUCUGAUUUUCUGGGAGGGUCCCCUUGGUGGCUCCCCAAGUUACCUAUCUGAUAGGCUCCAACUUGAGGAUACCACACCAGGCUCUCGAGAUUCACAAGUGCCUGCCGUAAGCUAGUAUCAUAAUUCAGCCCCCCUUCCUCAAGGAAAGUCUGGGGGUACUAGACAACACACAGCUGGUACCCUUGGUUAUCUACUGCUCAUUGCUCAGCUAAGUGUUGGCCUUUGGAAUCUUGUCCAAUGCAGGGGCCUGUUUCUUUUUAUAGGCGUAAUGUGUGUAUUUUAACCUUGUUUAUGCCCAAUUGUCAUUUUGCAGCAGCUGUGGGUGGCUAGAGUUCUCUUCUCUAGUUGUCACUGGCAUUAAUCCUGCUUUGUCAGGGUCAUCCUUCCUGAGAAGGCUCGGAAGCUCACCCCUUAGAUUUUGGUUCCUCUCAAGGGUCCCCAUCUGGGGUAGUGCAUGUGUUUUGGCUCCUCUACAAAGCCCAAUGGUUGGGGUGGGUAGUAGUUGGCUUGAAAUAGCCAAUGCUAUUACAUUCAAUCCACUGCAUGAGUGCGCUUCAGCUCUGGCUGCAGCUUAUGCCUUCUUUCACUGUUUUUCCUUAGGUUGUGACUUUGCAUCACUACCAACAUUAAGACAGGGAAAGGGUUUAUGGGUGCUACUUUCCCUUGCUUGGUUUUUCAUACUUUCUGCAGGAGUUUGUUAACUUCUUGUUUUCUCCUUUAGUGUCUAUUGUUUUUCAUUACCAUUGCUGUAAAAUUUUUAACCUGUGUUUCAAUAUAUUUUUUCAAAUGAGAAAGAUGUACAAAAAAAUCUGUGGCCACAUUUUUAAACAAGUUACUGCACAGGGGUGCUUUUGUCGUCCUACACUGCUAUUUCAGCUUGUCUCUUGACUUCAGCUUGCCAUUUUUUCUGGGUGCCAUCAGGUUUGAGAUUCAUCCCCUUUCCAUUUUUGUUUUUCUCCCCUUCUGAGGUGUGGGUCCUUGUUGGGUUUUGGAUCCCAUUUCUUGCUCUAGUUUGUUGACUUCCCCUCUUUCAUCAAAAAAUUAUUUAAAUGGUAUCAAAAGAAAGUAUUUUAAAGGUAGUGUUCUACAGAAUAAUGAUAAAGUUCAAUAUGAACCAUCCUGCUGAUGAGUAAGAAAUAUGUGGAAGACAAAGAUAAAUAAUAUUACAUAUGUGGUACAAUUCUGUCCUAAAUAGGAUGCAAAUGUAUACAGAAUGCAUGUGUAUAUAAAUAAAGAUAAACGUUUAA